CGCCUCUCGCGUCACUCACUCCGCGGCGGCCCGAGCGUGAGCACAACACACCCUGCACCUCGCCUCCUCCAGGGCUCGCACUGGCCACACGCACCGUUCACUCUUGACAUUGUGUAGUUGUGAACCACCGCAGGACGCAGUCACUUGCAGGCACUCGCGGCUGAGCUGUCUUCCCCGCGGUGACUACUUCAAUAGGCCCUUAGCGACGUGACGCAGCCCUCUGAGGACGUGUAUACCCUCGGCGUGGACAGAGGCAGCGACAUGGGGAAGCUACUCCUGGUGGCGGCGGCGGCGGUGCUGGUGUCGGCGCUGGUGGGCGGCGGCGGGCGUGGCGGCGGGGGAGGGGGCAUCUUCGCGGCGGCCGACCGACCCAUCGUCUUCGCUCCUGAUGUGAGUUGGCGACAGUACUUCCGGGCUGUCGCCAAAUCUUCCGAAGAGGACAUGCGAAGAGUCCACUACCAUAUAACCCCCCCUUAUGCCGGUUAUGCUAGAGAGCUGCCCGCCACCAAUGCCCCGUCCAUCGUGACCACUAAGCCGCCUCCGUGCCUGGCGAGGAGUACCCUGGGCGGAGACGUGUGUGAGGAAGACCCUGACUACGACGACUCUGUCAAGCGUCGCGUUCUCUCCCUCCUCAGUCAAGACACAGGAGUGAACGCCCUUCUCAGCGACCCGAACCUUCGCACCCUCCUCAACGACCCGGACCCCGACAUCAAGGAUAUCACCAUCCACACUCGCGUCGGGGUGUCGGAGUCGCCCGUGUGCGCCGCGCAGGAGACGAUCAUCUACCCGAAGCGCGCCAAGACCUCCCGCGAGGACUGGGUCUUCGUGCUGAACCAGGAGGGCGUGCAGCAGGCCCUCAGGGUGGAGAAGUGCAUCAGUAACGGCUCGAGCUGCAACAUCGGGAUGGGGCUGCCGGGCGGCGCCACGGCCAUCUGCCGCCAGAAGUACGUGUAUCGCCGCAUGCUGGUCCUCGGCACCAACAAGAUCGAGCCCGAGGAGGUGCUCAUGCCCUCCUGCUGCGUCUGCUACACCACGUACCAGAACUUGCUGACUCGCUCCCGGAACGCUACAGGAGGCCAGACUCCAGCAGCGGACGCCUCCGCUGCCCCUCCAGCCCCUGGCGCCCCACCACCAGUCGUCCGCCGCAUGAAUUUAAACUUUGGCAGGUCCAUGGGCAACCGCAACCCCAUCAUCGCGUUCCCAGGCCGUCGCUAAAGGGAUGUGAAUGUGCUGUCCUCACCCCUCACGCCGCCCAGUCUAGCCUAACACGAGUCUUCUCAAGCCCGUAAUCUUAAACGUAUCGUCGCCUCAGUUCGUCUGUUUGAAAAGCCUCUCACAGAAGUUGCUGGGAUUUCCAUGGACUAGUUGUGAGUUCAGUGAUAGUUUUACACGCGUUCUGCAUCUUGAACGGGAAAAUCACCUAUGAAAAUCCGAUUAAUCUCUGUGGCCUUGGAAAAUUGCCGCACUAGGAGCCCGAUACGAUUAAGAAUAUGGAGUUCAAUCACAGCCUACAUAGAGAGGUCAUUCAGCUAUCUUGGGUCUUAUGGCCAAUUCGACAGUCCAACACCGUGUCAUUGUAAGCUCCCAAACCAAACUAUAUUCUCCACAGUGAUUCGCUAUUUCUACUCAGUACCAGGUACUAAUAAAGAGAUUCCCUGUGUGGUUUCCUAAAAUUUCCUUCUCCUUUUUAUCUCAACCCCAAACACUAGGGGCCAGUUUCACAGUUUCCCAUGAUGGGUUAGUAAGCUCCCAAACCAAUACCAGAAGCUUCGAAAUUUCCUUGUACAGUGUCUGGUGUUUAUAUUCAAGUUCACAAAUUUGAUGAAACUGUACAGGAAAAGUCUUGUGUAUUUAGUGUGACAUCGAAGACCUCCCCAUUAUGGAUUGUAUGGGAUUGUAUAGUUUGGUUCGGGCUGUUACGAAGACACUGUGUUGGACUGUGAAACCGGUUCUAGGGCUACAAUGAGUUUUGGUCGUGUUUUAUGUUUGGUUGGGGAGCUAACGAACGUAGUGCAUUGGAUUGUAAAACUAGCCCUUAAAUUCACAUCACCAUCACACAAUGAGUCUCAGUGGCAUUGAUAAGUAUAUUAAAGCAAUAACCAACCCCCACCUGUUAUCACAUUAGGCAUUGUUUUUGUCCCCCUCUUGUUUUUGUAUUUAUUCUCCUUCCUUUAUACUGUCUCUGUCUUAUUUAUCAUAUCCUUGUUGGUUCGUCGAUGAGGCUCUGUUUGGGUCUUUAUCACUCUUUCCCUUUCUAUCUGUUUUCCCUUGAUGCCCUGUCGUGGAUCUCAAUAAUAAUAAUAAUAAUAAUAAUAAGGAAAACGUGUACCUGUCUAAGAUAAUUUCAAUGGACAGGGAUGAUAAUAAUUCCUCAUUUUUUAUCAUUACCUAGGUCAAGUAAUGAUGUAUGCAACAAUCCUAAUGUCCUCCAUGAUAUAUUAAAGAAAUGGAAUAGUAUUGUUUUGUGGGAAUAACCAUUGUGCUAUGGAGUUAUGAAAACCUAAGAUCUGAGGGGGUUAAAAGACGUCCGAGGUAGAUCUUGAGUCCAUCCGUUCAUCCGGAUAGCUAUCGCCCAUUGAGAGAAAAUAUAAACACCCACCUAGCUAUAGAGUUAUCCAGCCAUAGACCCAGAUGCCCCCAGAAGCAUUCCCAGAGAGAGAGUUACCAGAUCUUAUAGUAGGAGUGUUAUCACAACCAAACUCUUAACUAGCCUGUCUAUUUAAUCAUGACCGUGUUUAAUGUUGUUGUAUGUACGUACUUAUCGGAUGUAAUUCUGUACGCGUGAAUGUUGUCUGUUUUGUGAAUGUCUCGUAAUAAAGUCUGGUUAAUUAUGACGUAUAAACACUUAAGGGCAGGUAAGGAUACAAGAGGACGGUGGAUGAGACCGAUUUACCUGUUAAACUUUUAAUCAUUCCUUUUUUCUGUCAUUGUUUUAUGAUGUAUCAAUACGAUGUAACAGUAUAGCCUGAGCGCCACGACUCACAAAGCAAUACGGAUAUACUAGGGAUGGUGAGUUAGUUUGUUUGUUUAAUAGGUGUAGAAGUGAUCAGCUGACUCAGUGGCAGUGUCCAUGGCUGGUAUACUCAACAAUGGGGCUGCGUGAGGCGUGAGGGAGGUGGGCGGACUUAAUAUUUAGGAGUCAGGAAAGGUUCAUUCGCUCAUAUAGUCAUCAACACAGCUAUGCAUGGUAAUGAUCCCUUGGUGGAGUCAUUCAUCUGUUCCUGGCAUUCACACACACUCUCAACACCUUAAUUCGUGAAGAAGGUGUAUAUUGACGCGGUACACAUGCAUACGUUUCUUGGAACAUAGAAAGUACUCAUACGCAGGUUACUAUAUAGAUAACGAUGUGGAGAUGUAUACUAUAGUGAUGUUCCUGUGUUCAGUGGUCAUCAUGUGUCUCUUGGGCCCUUAUUCUCAAACGCUUUCGACUCCCACAAUAUUUUCAAAAGCCACAAAGGAGAUGAGUCUGGUUCUCUUGAAUGUUUUUUUUUUUUCACUUGUUUUUCACUUGUUUUUCACUUGUCAUUUGUUUCACUUUUUUUCACUUGUUUUUUUUCUUGUUUUUCACUUGUUUUCUCCAUUGAAUGUUUUUUUUUUCCACUUGUUUUUUUUUUCACAAUUAACCACAACCAAAACCUUACCAGUUGUGGAUGUGCAAGUCCCGAGGCGUCUGAGAGCAUGGACCCUAUUAUUAUGUCUGUUAUAUACUGUCUCCUCAGCCUGUGUGAGUUUGUUAAGGUGUGUGUAGUACCGUGUCUAUUUUACCGCUACCAAACGCUAUUUUAUUACUAGUACGUUUGUAUCAAGUGUGACUUCCCCAAUAAAUGGAAAGCUUUUA